AUGUUCGGAAAACGCUCUUUUGCUAGUUCAAAGGACCGUUCGGGCAAGAUUACCAAACAGCCGAAGAGGUCGUUUCGCGAUGACUCCCGACAGAAACAGCGCAUCGUCGACAAGAUGGAGUCCGUCCGCAUGGACAGUCCGAUGAUGGAGCAGGUGUCGCCCAGCCUCACCUCUGCCAUCGUCACGAUUGUCAUCGGCCCGGAACAGCGCCUGUUUGCUGCACACGAAGACGUCCUCUGCCACUCCCCGUACUUCGCCGAAGCGUUGCGGGGCCAGUUCUUCGAGAGCACAAACCGACGCAUCGACCUGCCAACGGAGGAGCCCGAAGUCUUUUCCUGUAUUCUCGAGUAUCUCUACAAGGGCGACUACUACCCGCGCUUGGUCCACGACAAGCGCCGCCAGACCUGGAUGCUCGAAGGUGCAGUGUCAAGCCCGGACCCAAACAAAGGCGACCGCGUGGCCGCGGUAGAGCCAACCUUUUUUCACGCCGGCGUAGGCGACAUCAUUCUCCGCGACACAGCCGUGUAUUGCGCCGCAGAUCGGUACGGUCUCGAAGAGCUCAAGAAGCUCUCCUUGCGCAAGCAGGGCCUGCAGAGCGGGAUCGAGGUCGGCACCAUCCUGCGAAGCGCACGGUAUGCCUACGAGAACACGCCGGACAGUGACUCGCGGCUGCGCGCUCAUUACCUCGCGCUCAUCAUCCGUAGCCGGAAAACCUUCAAGCGUAGUGGAACCAUGCAGAUGGAAAUGGAGAUGGGGGGAAAACUGUUCUUUGACUUGUUCGUCGCGAUGUGUAACCAUGUCGAUGAUAUCGUGGAUGCGAGCAAUGCUCGCACCCCAAAGACCAUCUGA